CCUGCUGGGAGUCUACAAACUCGACAAACCGCCAUCUUUCCUUAUAGCGAGUUAGUUAGGCAAAAAUGACAACCACUUUCGAAUGAUUGUUUCUCCAAAAUAGAGCAGCUGAAGCAAUUCCACUUGAUCGGUUAUUGUAAAUAAUAAGUUUAAAGAGGAUCGGGCCCGGCGGAGUUCCUGGCAUCGUACACAUAUCAGCCAUAAGACACAGCAGCUCGACUAGCGGAGGUGGUUAACAUGGGCCGCUCUCGGAGCCGCAGCUCGUCCCGGUCUAAACACUCCAAAAGCAGCAAGCACAGUAAGAAACGCAGCCGGUCUCGAUCACGGUCUAGAGACAGGGAGCGGUCCAAGAAACGGUCCAAGUCCAGAGAAUCGAAAAGAAGUCGGCGCCGAGAUUCUCGCUCCCGGUCCCGGUCAACCACAGCCUCGUCCCGCAGAGACAGAGCAGCCUCGCCGCCGGAGCGUAUCGACAUCUUUGGCAGGACGCUGAGCAAGAGAAAUGCCCUGGACGAGAAGCAAAGGAAGGAGGAGGAGGAAAGAAAGGCUGAGAUGGAAAGACAAAGGAAAAUCCGGCAGCAGGAAAUCGAGGAGAAACUAAUUGAAGAGGAGACAGCGCGGCGAGUGGAGGAGCUGGUGGCCAAGCGGGUAGAAGAGGAGCUGGAGAAGCGAAAGGACGAGAUCGAGCGGGAGGUGCUGCGGCGUGUCGAGGAGGCGAAGCGCAUCAUGGAGCGGCAGCUGCUGGAGGAGCUGGAGAGGCAGCGGCAGGCCGAGCUGGCGGCGCAGAAGGCCAGAGAGGAGGAAGAAAAAUCUAAGCGGGAGGAGCUGGAAAUCCUGGAAGAGAAUAACCGCAAGAUUGCUGAGGCUCAGGCCAAGCUGGCUGAGGAGCAGUUGCGUAUUGUGGAGGAGCAGAGAAAGAUCCACGAGGAGCGCAUGAAGCUGGAGCAGGACCGUCAGAGGCAGCAGAAGGAGGAGCAGAAAAUGAUCCUCGGCAAGGGCAAGUCCAGGCCCAAGCUCUCCUUCUCCCUCAAGGCCACCGAAUGACACUGGUCCCCUUUCGUCCACAUGUCACACCCUGCCUUCAUCCCCAUCCAGCUUCUCUUUAUCAUUCAGCCCCUAUCAUCCUCCUCUGUGGAAUGCUCGCUUCGUUUUGGAAGUGCUGAAGGAAGGCCGACAGAAGGGGCACAACCCAGUGUGUUAACUUGCCUGUUCCUGUGGAGGCCCAUGUUGUCCCUCCCCGGUCUUGAAGAGGAGGCAGCUCUUCACCCUCCUAGAACCUGAUGGCCCUCUCCAUCCUUUGUCAUGCCCACUGCACAGAUGACUCUUGUUUGUGCUUUAUUUUUUGGCUUUAUUUUAAUUUUUAGGGAACUUGAACUUUUGGUGUAGAAUGCUCUAACAUGUCCUUUGCCCCGUAAGUCUUAACUCUGGUGUAACGGUGAGCAGCUGUGCACCUGUGCUUUUCAUAUGCGUCUUCACAGCCAGCAAACUACAACAGAAUGCUAGUCCAGAUAGAGAAGCGUAUGUGUGACUUUGUCUAGUUUAGCAUAGUGUGAAAAUUCAUGUGCAGCUUGGGAGUUAGCCUGUGGUUUUCCUGUCAUCUUUUUUUCCUUUAAAUCAAGACUCCCAAAGAGGCUGAUGCAGUGGUAAAUCACUGUGCAGCCUUUAAAAGCACAGUUAACUUCCCGUCCAGCUGACAACUUUGUGUCUUCCGUAUUUCUUUUGCCUGUAUGCUGUGUACACCAUGUAACUCUACAGUCUCUUUUCUCUCCGUGUCGGCUUUUUCUGCCACAUGCAUAGUUUCCUUUUGAAAUGACAUUACAGCAUGUUGUCCUGAAAGGAAACAUAAAGCUCUUGUUAGAUUUGAAGUCACUGUAGUGCAGGUGAACUCAGCCCCGAUUCCCAAGCUGCCCAUGACUGAACCAUAAACCUGCAACAGGAUACGUGUCGUCUCUGAUAAGGGGGCCUAUGGGUAAAGGAGGAGAGAGGGCAUUUCCUGUAUGAUGUAAUGUUAUUAGCCUUGCUGUGAUGUGCUGACUUCCACUCUCCCUCCUCUCCCGAGUCAAAAUUGUGUUAUGACAAUGAUCUACGAUUAUAAAACAAAAAGUCACAGUAAUGGCAAGCUUUGUUCUAUCGGCCUCUGUGAAUUGUACAAAAACAGCUGACCUCCGGUCCACGUUCUGUCCCUCAGUUAUGUCGAUGUUAAUUAACUGGGUAAGGCACCUCAUUUGGCAAGUCUUGAUUCGUAGAGGAUGCACAAGUUCAGGUAAGACAAGGUUUGAGGUCAGUGUGUGUGUGAGUGUGAAUGAGUUUGUGUGUGAGAGUGUGUGUGUGUUGUGACUGACGGACUGACCUCAGGUAGGUAUGACUUUUUAUGUUGUGAGAUCUUGAAUUUGUCAUGUAAUUUCCCCCAAUUGUCAAGGGACUGAACAGAUUAAUAAAUCCAUUGAAUGCU